GUUUCAUGUCGGCCUUACCUGCUGCAAGAAGAGGAAGUCUGAAGACGAACAUCUUGACUGGAGUGGGCCAUACAGCCUGAAAGUUUCCGCCUUCACUUUCAGGAUUCAUACGAAAGAGGAAACACUAAUGCAGAUGCAUCCUCGCGUGAACACAUCGAAAGACUAGAUGGAGAAAUGCUCAGCCUGGAUGUGGCAAUCAAAAAAAAGAUAUGAAUUGGCAAAAUGAUCUUGAUGGAGUCUGCACAUUUUGUAAUGUGUCUCGAUAGAAAUAUGCAAUGUUUCUAAAGAAGUGCUUUUUAAAGACUGUGGAGGGACACUGACUGACACUGUGAAUCUCGUCAAAGUAACUCGGCUGACGCCAAUGUGCUCCUGGUUGCAGCCAUGCUCUGCGAAGGCAGAUUGUGGAGUAUGACGUACGGCGAAUCGGAGGAGCCGGAUCCACCCGUUCCUCAGAAAGCUCCCCGGAGAGCUUUCGGGCUGCCAAGAGCAGCUGCCACCCUGGUGCCGGGCUCCAUCGGACGCGACCCGCUCGUCCAUCGCGGUUCCCCCGAGCCGACGGUGUCGUACAUCUCUCCGCGGAUAGAGAUCCCGGCUCAGGCUCGCUCGGUGGCCGAUGCCCCUUUCCUGGUUCCCUCCUCCUGUCAGAGCAUCUGCCAGAAUUACAGCGACCUCCUCAUCGGGGGCGACCAGGUGCUGCCGCUCCCCACCAACGAUGGAGAGCUGCGGCUCUGCACCGACACCCAGGCCGUCGGCCCUUUCCUUCAGUCUUGUGACGUCCCCCCGGCCGCGGAGGACUCUCCCCCAGGGAAGACACCUCAGGGUGAACGUCUGCAUCCGCCGAGGGGGGGUUCGAACCGCUGGAGACUGGGGAGCGCCCGCGAUCGGAGCGUUUUGUUCCAGGGCCGCGAAGGUCCAUUCUCCAACUCCCUUCUAAAUCACUACCUGGAGCAGAAGCUGUUGGACUUGUACCAGCAGUACAUGAUGGAGAACAUGGCCAGGGAAGGGGCCCCUGGUGCGGACUCCGACCCUGUCCCCAUGUGCCCUCUGCUGUGCUCGGAGCUGGUUCUGACCAGCCUGGACCAGAUCACUUUGCAGCUGAGUUGGGAAGGGAACCUGGAGGCCGGCCUGGCCAAGGACAUGGUCCUCAGCUGCCUCCUGCGGGUGGCGGGUGACAUGCAGUCAAGUGAGAUCAGCACGCCCUUUCUGCAGAUUUCAAAUGAGCCACCGAGGGAGCUGCUCACGGAGAAUAAAGGGGAGUAACCCCCAAUCAAUAACCCCCAAUCAAUAACCCCAAUCAAUACUCCCUUUGAUUUGAGUUUCAUCAACAUCUAAAUGAAAUGAAACAGAUUACUGUAUUUGUUUUCUUAGUUUUCAUGAGCUGUAUAUGAGUAUAUCAAAUGGUGUAUGUUCACGUGGUGAGUUAUUGUUUUCCACUCUGUGGAAGGACAAUAAAAACAGGAAGUGAAAAAAAUUGAAA